GGUACCAGCCGUGCCCCCCGGAGCAGCUCCGUGCCCGGGUGGGGGCUCUGGAGCUGCGUUACCGGGACCUGUCGUCGCUGUCGGGGCGGCGGCGGCUCCGCCUGGAACGUUCCCGGCGCCUCUGGAAGUUCGUGUGGGACGCGGGCGAGGAGGAGGCCUGGCUGCGGGAGCAGGAGCGGCUGCUGCGCUGCCCCGAGCUGGGCCGGGACCUGCCGGGAGCCCUGCGGAUGCUGAGCCAGCUCGAGGCCAUCCGGGGGGCCCUGGGGGGACGGGCGGCGCCGCUGGAGCGGCUGCUGGAGCGGGGCCGGGAGCUGCUGGAGCUCGGAGACACGGAGGAGGCGGCGGGAUCCGGGGGAACUGUGGAACCCGCCGAGGGAUCCAACGACGGGCUGAUGGGACCCACCACUGGAGCAGCAGGGAGCGUGGAACCCAUGGAACUCACCCCUGGAUCCACGGGAUCCGCCGCCGGAGCAGGGGGGAGCGCAGAACCCGUGGGAUCCACCGCCAGAGCCACGGAAGCCGAGGCCACGUCCGUGGGAGCCGCCGGCGGACCCGGGGACUCCCCGGGCCCGGUGCCGUCGGUGUCGCGGCGGCUGCGGGCGCUGCGGGCGCUCUGGUCGGCGCUGCCGGCGCUGGCCCGGGAGCGGGAGCGGCGGCUCCGGGCGGCCGUGGGGCGCUUCCAGGUGGCCUCGGAGGCGGCCGAGGCCGAGGCCUGGCUGGCGGCCGCGUGCCGGCGCCUGGCGGGGCCGGAGGAGCGAGGCCACCACGACGCCGACGAGGACGAGCGCUCCGCCGGGGUCCUGGAGCGGCGGCACCGGGAGCUGGAGGCGCGGGCGGAGGCGCGGCGCAGGGAGCUGCGGGACGCGCUGGCGCUGCUGGCGGCGCGGGGAGAGGCCGACGCCUGCGCCCUCUGGGUGGGCGAGAGGGAGCAGUGGCUGCUCUCCAUGGAGAUUCCCGAGCGGAUCGAGGACCUGGAGGUGGUGCAGCAGCGGUUCGAGACGCUGGAGCCGGAGUUGGCGGCCUUGGGCGCCCGAGUCGCCGCCGUCGGUCGCGCGGCCGAGGAGCUCCAGGGAUCCGGGGAACGGACCCGGGAGAGAGCCCGGGACACCUGGGAACAGCUCCGGGACAGGUGGGAGCGUUUCCGAGCCCUGGCUGAGCGGAAGAAGGCGGCGCUGACCUCGGCCCUGGACAUCCAGAACUUCCGCCUGGAGUGCGACGAGACGCGGGGCUGGAUGCGGGAGAAGGCGGCGGCGAUCGAGGCCACGCGGGCGCUGGGCCGGGACCUGGCGGGGAUCGCGGCGCUGCAGCGGCGGCUCUCGGGGCUGGGCCGCGACCUGGAGGCCAUCGAGGGCAAGCAGCGGGAGCUGCGGGCGCAGGGGGAGCGGCUGGCGCGGGAGCAGCCGGAGCGCGGCCCCGAGGCGCGGGAGCGGCUCCAGGCGCUCGAGGCCGAGUGGGCCGCGCUGAGCCGGUGCCUGCGGGGCCGCCGGGACGCCCUGGGGCAGGCGCGGCGGCUCCAGGCCUUCCUGCGGGACCUGGCGGCGCUCCGGGCCUGGCUGGCGCGGGCGCGGGCGGCCGCCGGCUCCGAGGACGUGCCGGCGUCGCUGGCCGAGGCCGAGGGCUCCCUGCGGAGCCACGAGAGCCUCCGCACCGAGAUCGCCCAGUACGGCGCCGAUUACCGGAGCGCCCGCGCCGCCGGCCGGGAGCUGAGCCAGGGCCGGAGCGACCCCCAGAGCCUGUCCCUGCUCCGGCGCCUGGACGCGCUGGACGGGGACUGGGAGGAGCUGGGCCGGACCUGGGAGAGGCGGCAGCAGCUCCUGGCCCGCGCCGUGGCCGUCCACGUGUUCCUGCGGGACGCGAAGCAGGUGGAGGGGACGCUCGGGAAGCAGGAGCACGCUCUGGCGCUGACGGAGCUGCCGUGUUCGGUGCCGGGGGCCGAGGCGGCCGUGCGGCGCCUGGAGGAGGUUCUGGUGGCCAUGGAGGCCGGGGCCGAGCGGGUCCGGGCCCUCUGCGACACCGGCCGGAGGCUCCUGGCCGAGGGCGGCGUCCACGCGGAAAAGGUGCGGGAGACGGUGGAGUCGGUGGAGAGCAGGCACCAGAAGAACCGGGAAUCGGCCCAGGAGCUGCUGGGGCGGCUGCGGGAUAACUGGGAGCUGCAGAAGUUCCUGCAGGACGCGCAGGAGUUGACGCUCUGGCUCAACGAGAAGCUGCCGGUGGCUCGGGACGUGUCCUACGAGGGCACACGGGACCUGCAGGGCAAGUGGCAGAAGCACCAGGCGUUCGUGGCCGAGCUGGCGGCCAACCGGGGCUGGCUGGAGGCGCUGGAGAAGGACGGGCAGCAGCUGGCGGGGUCCCGUCCGUCCCUGUCCGAGCAGGUGACGGGUCCCCUGGGUGCCCUGCGGGCGCUGUGGGCGCGGGUGGAGGCGGCGGCCGGGGCCAAGGGCCGGGGGCUGGCGGAGGCCGCGCAGGCCGAGGGUUGUGCCCAGGCCUGUGCCGGGCUCCGCUCGUGGCUCGUGGGCGUCCGGGCCCAGCUCCGCUCCGGCCACUGCGGCCAGGACCUGACCAGCGUGGGGGUCCUGCUCACCCGGCACCAGCUCCUGGAGACGCAGGCGGCCCUGCGGGAGCAGGAGGUGGGAGCCCUGCGGGCCCAGGCCGGGGGGCUCAGCCCGGGGCACCCCCGCACCGGGGGGGUCCAGGCGCAGGUGCAGGACCUGGAGCAGCAGUUCCGGGAGCUGCAGGAGCCGCUCCGGGAGCGCGGCCGGAGCCUCGCGGCCACCAAGGAGCUGCUCCAGUUCCGCAGGGACCUGGAGGACGAGCUCCUGUGGGUGCAGGAGCGCCAGGCCUUGGCCACCUCCACGGACCACGGCAAGGACCUGCCCUCGGUGCAGCUGCUGCUCCAGAAGAACGAGACGCUGCAGAAGGAGCUGCAGGGCCGCGAGCGCCGCGUGGCCGAGCUGCUGGAGCGGGUGGUCCCGGAGGUCCCCGGGGAGGGGGUCCCCGUCUCGGGGGGCCCCGGGGGGGUCCCGGCCCUGCGCGAGGCCUGGCGGGAGCUGCGGGCGGAGGUGACGCGGCGGCAGCGGCGCCUCGAGGCCGCUUUGGCCGCCCAGCGAUUCCUCGGGGACGCGGCGGCCGCCGAGGCCUGGCUGGGCGAGAGGGAGCUGCACAUGCUGGCCCAGGACAAGGCCAAGGACGAGCCGGGCGCCCAGGCCAUGCUGAGCCGGCACCUGGGGCUGGAGCAGGAGCUGCGCGACUACGGCCGGACCGUGGAGCUGCUGCUGCAGCAGGGCCGGGACAUGGCGGCCUCGGGCCACCCCGACAG